UCUCAUGCAGAGUCAAUGUCCUACUAAACCCGUCGAUAGGAACAACCAAUAUGGAUCAGUCUUCAGCCAGCACUGGUCGGGUUCUGAGCCAAAUCAUUAAUCAUAUUGCAUUGCCCCCCAAGCUACCUGGUCGUCGCGAAGAUAACCUUGCUUUUAUCGAUGAGAACCUAGCAAAACGAUUGCGCGAUUCCUGCCGAAUUUUGAGGGACUACACCCGCGAUGAGAUCAGUCAUCAAUGGGAUACUCUGUGCAGCAUUCUUCAAACUUGUCGGAAGCUGAACACUGGGGGUAGACUGGAGAACUCGAGAUUGUUGACCGAGUUUGCUCUGCUUGAGAGCAGACAUCUGUUGAUUCUUCAUGUUACUGAGCAGAAUGCUGGACUUUUGAUUCGUCGAGAUGUGGUGGACUCGGAUGAGGUCGUUGUCUUCGAGGCAUUCGAGGUAUCCUCUACCGCAGAGGCAGCCCUUAAAACACCCAACGCCCUGGUUUGGAAUUUCCCAGGGUGUGCUGUUGCCUUGCCAUACAGCGAAUUCCGGCUUGAUUCUUUUCAGCAGCCUUUGGCAUUUUUCCUUCAACAAGCGAGUGUUGAGUCCAUUAAGAAUUUUGCAGUUCGUGCGGACAAGGCUGGGUCAUCAGCCGCGGAAACACGAGAAACUGUCAGCCCAAUUUUGAUCACUGACAUGCUCAUGACUCUUAUUGAAGCAAACGGACGCCGCCUCACCCCAAUACUUCUGCAGAAGCGUGUCAGAGACGAGGUAGAUUGGCAAGAUCGUUCAGAGUGCCCGUGGAGACGGAGUCCGUAUUGGCUGUUGCUGAGAGUUGCAGUACAGAGACAUUUGUAUGCACUCUAUGGAGCGGAGAUCGGACGAGUAUACUACAAAUUCCUCAUCUGUAUUGUCUUAAGCGAACUUAUUCACGACGCUAUUGACUCUACAGACCCUGGACUUUUACAACUACUGAGAGCAAAGCUGUCCCGUCGUCUGACAAAGUUGGAGGUUGACAAAGGCAAAGGCUCCCAGGAUCUGCGAGAUGCAACUAUAUCCAUGUUCACCACUUUUCGUCCAGUAUUUGACAAAAGCCUGGAAAAAAUUUCACAAGCAAUAAACCAGACCUACGAAGCUUUCAAGCGAAAGGUUCAAAAAACAAUCCCUAGAAUAAGACGAGAUGCCGACGCGCGAGAUAUCACCCUGUCACUAUCAAGCAGUGGGGCUUAUCUUGAUAGUUUAUUAUCGUCCUACAGAGCAACGACGAAUACUGACUUUUCGCGGCCAUUGGCAGAUCCAUCCCCUGCCGAUUUCUCCAAGGAAGGGACUGCAGCACAAUUCCAAAAUUUCUCGGCGCGGUAUUGCGAACUAUUUGAAUUAGAAGAAGAGGCCAAGGAACUACGCUACGCAGACAAGAAUAAUCAGAAUGACCCUAGUGCAUCCUGCAUUGAUCUGGCAAAUAAGAUAAACCAUUACCUGGAUACCGUUGGCAAUGCUUACCACAACACCCCGGAACAGAAAAGCGUUAUGAUACUUACGGUUAUGAGGUUGUGGAUGCUAAUGGAUAUCAGUGUAACUGAAGCCUUUCCUUUGUUGAAGGCUUACCACCCAGGAAUCCAUCCAGGGUCCCUUGAUGUCCUGCACUUACCGCACUACAUUGAUAUGUUGCAUCUCAACAGCAUACAGUCAUAUUUGAAUCGUCGCCGAAGUUCGUCUCAUGGCCGAACAAUUUUCGAAAAUCCAUCUCAAGGUUGCUUUGCCGAAAGAUACUUUGAUGAAUCAGAAGAUUCUCAAAAAAUGCACCAAACUCGCGCUGACAUUGAAUAUUCGGCGGAAGGGCUGCGUCUGGCAAAAUUAAAAGAGUGGGAAGAGCUUUCGGUCGAAUAUGAGGAUCUCCAGCAUCAGAUUGCUAGGGCUUCAUGUAUCUACAUUACAGAUGACAGAUUCGGAACGAUACACGAUGACAAACACUGCACCAAAUGUUACCUUCAGCGUCGCGCUCGUCGCAUGAAGAUCGGGGUUGUGGAGCAUCCCUUACCAGACGACGAGGUUAGCGCAAAGGCUGUCAUUUUCGAGCUUCUGUGCCCCAACGCUAUACGUGCAUAUCGGAAUGGAACGUGGAGAAUCAUCGGAGAAGUGGGCCAGCCAUCUCGUAUUAAAGGGAAAGAACCUCUACAAGCCUUGUUUGACUAUGGCCCUCUCCAGCCAUUUAUCCGUGGGAGAUACAAGAGCGGAGUGUCACUUGCUUCUGUUACAAAAUCGUUCCUCUUAACGCACUACAAAGAAGUUAGACUACCCAUCGAUCAAGACAGUAUUUUCCUUCCCAAUGGAUUUAAACUGCGAUAUUAUGAUAGUCAAACCGGUGUGUGGACUGGGAGUCAGACAUUUGUCCCAUCUUUUCUUCACCAUUGCCACAUGAGUAUCCCGGCGACAUCCCCAUUUCUGGAACUGCAGCAAUCUCUCAAAGCAGCUUCUGCGACAAGUGGACCGACUUCAUAUGAGGUGGUAGCUAGCCAAGGAAAAUGCCCAUCAGGAUUAAAUGUCCAUGAGUUCACAGCCUACCAAAACUUGUUCGCCGGACACUCGCGAAGGUGGCCAAAUAUCUUGAUUGAACUGGGAGCUUCUAAUUUAAACUUCAGUACAGAGGCAACAGCUUUGCUUUUAUCGUAUCUGACAGUUCAGGCUGGACCAGCAGAUAGCAACGACCCACUUCGUGAAGCUCACAAAAUAUUCCGAGACAAAACAUUCUGUGAAACACUGAUUCAUCAAAUCACAAAGCGACUAGAAAAUAUCUCAGGAAACUGGCGUGAAACAAAUUGCAUGUCAAUGCUUCUGACACUGAUACUUCGCCUUUACGCUAUAGGCCCAGGAAGUGUUCGUGCCAAUGCAUUGAAUCUUGUUGGAAUUGUCCGCGAAACCACUUUUAAUUGGAUCAGAGCCUUACGUCUGGAGUCAACUAGAACUAAUAACUCGGAGAUAACCCAUGCCGCGUCUAUGUAUGCUUUUAUUGUCGCUCUCAUUUGCAAAAGAACGUUUAUUUAUAUUGAGAACAAAAUGAUGGAUUCAUCAACACUGUCAUGUUUCAUUGAAUGUUCUAUCACUUUACAGGAUAACAUGAUCGGCGAUUUGGAAAUGCUACCUCCAUAUUUGUGGAAUAGUCUGAUCAACGAUGUCAAAAUGGUUCACAAUAUGAGAGAUAGACUCAGAAGUUUAUUCUUGCUUUCGCCGGGGUCUUUGACUACGGCAAUAAAAUCUACCUGGUUACAGCGGAACGAGGAUGAAAUGUCGUUUCUGACCAAAAUGGAGCCGGUCCAGCACGACUGCAAUUGGUGGUUUCGAUCGGACUUUCGUGCAUCAGCCCAUUCUCGUCCACAAACUUUGCAUUAUCAUCUCCUCGCCGGGCAUUUGCUCAUUGACGGAGCCCCAAUUGGAAAAUUGCCUUCGCAGUACAGGUCUCUGUUAGUUUUUGAGAGACUUUUUGGAAAGCAGCCAGUUGUUGUGAUCCCUUCUGGACUCCCUGGAAUGACAUAUAUGGUUCCAUUUCCAAUGGAAAAUCACCAAAUCCACAUGGGAUUCCGGGAUAAGCGAGUGUUUAUGCGAGCAUGCUUUGGGAAUAACAUACUUGAGCUUAUUUCCCCAAGUCUUUUCCAUGGCUCAUCUGGAUUAGACUUGCCAGCCGACUUGAUAGAGAACUGUCUCCACUGGUUGAAUUUGAAUACUGGUGUUAUAGAAAUUAGAAAAGCUCCUGAUAUCUGGAUUUCGAAAUUUACAUGCUGGCGGCUGGAUGUUCCAAGACGGAUUGCCAGGAGGAAAGACAAACACACUUUAGUGGAUCCUCGCAGCCCAACAUUUGUACGAAUUGCGCGCAUUUUUAAAGACUUUGAGCCAAGUAACAGGGUUACCAUGUUUCAGGCUGAAAAAGGGCUCAAUAUUGAUUUGCGCCGUCUGGAGCUAUCUUUCUGGGUUGCAAAUGGUCUGCUACGUUGCAGGCAAUUGGGUUCGGAAAUCGACCCUAACCAGGAUGCUGGAACAAUGUAUGGCCUCCAGAGUAAACUUGUCAUACGUGACAUCAAAAACCCAAAUAAGAGAAGCAUACUUGUUCCUUUGGGAGAUAUAGAAUACGACUUGAUCGGUAACGAUGUCUCUGUGACGGUAAAAAAUCAAGGUGAUUAUGGCCGCUUUCAGAUCAACGACAUGCUAGGCAGACUCGAUUGUCCAGCAGAACCAAGACUAUUAUAUUUCAAGGCCCAGCUACAUGCGUACACCUCCCUAGUGGUUCCGGAUCCCCUCACUGGACGCACCGGAUCUGAGGAAGCAUUGCAGUUUUUGAGUUCUGGGAUCUGCCAACCCUGGGCGCCGAUUAGUCAAGGACCUGCCAGAAUCCUUCUUUCGAUAUCCAGAUUAUCACCUAGAAGAGGUUCCUAUCAGGGACUGCGCACUAUGCAGACUGUGGAUUGGGACCCAAAAUUGAGCACAGACAUUCAGAAGGACGAAUUCAGGAAGCUAACACAUAGUCUAUUUGAGAAGUCGAAGAUCCUCACUAUGUUCCAUCCGCGAAAAGGAGGAGACAUUUCCACGGAAAACGAAGAUUUCGAUCUGGAGUGUGACCAAGACCAGUUGCAUCUUCAAAAUCGUAGUAUUUGGCGACGGAGGCUGUAUGAGCGGACUUUCGAUGUCUGUGCCACCACCGCAGCCCCUCAAGAUAUCAUCUAUGGUUCUCGCGAUCGGGAUAUUUCCAGCCAAGCGCACCUCAACGUUUAUAUCGCAACAACCUUGCUACGCAAUUGGCACCAGAGCACAUUUUACACUAGUUCUUUGUCAUCUAUAUUUAGUAAUUGGUCGAAUAUUGGAGGAUUCGACAAACAAUUUAGCGACAUACUACUGAGCGAUCAAUUGAACGUGGACCUAGCUAAGGAAUUCGGCGCCUUGGUUAAACUCGGACGAAAUAGUAAACGAAACAACACCUACAAACUGAUGUUCCUGUUCGGCAGUAUAUCGUUUAAAGACAACGUCGACAUGUCUCUUGUUCGCACUCUGAUCUCCUUCGUCACCAUUGAUGAUCUGAAAGUAUUAGAGCCUCCCUCAUGGCCCUUAUACUCGUAUUUCCGCCCGGGCGACUUCCCGACGAUCUACUAUCUGAAGCGGCUGAUCGAGCCAUGCCGAGUUCCUUACCCAGAUGAUGAGCGCAAGACUUUCGGAACUUCGCUUCAUUCAAAGGUUCGACGUAAACUGGAGGCGGCAGAGCGCGAGUAUCAGAUAAACGUCGACUCAGACUGCGAAGAGUUCAUUGAAUCUUUGCUGAAGCAAUGGCCAUGCCGAGAGCCUGACCUUGAAACACUUGGAAAUGUUUUACUGAUCGAUAUUUCUCGUGCUUUGGAUAUAAUAAAACCAGAAUGGCUCCGAAUGUUCCAAAAUUAUGAACUGUCCCAAUAUGUUGAGCGAAUCCAAAAGGUGUUGAACGACAGAUCAGGCAGUUUCCAAGUUGUAGUACCACCUUACAAGUCGACAGAGGAGAUAACUUACCUCACACGAUUCCGUGGUAGUGAAGUCCCGGCAUUAUACGAUCUUUUGUCAAUGAAUGUACAACAGCCGUUGGGACUUGAUAAAAUCAAAGGACAUACGUUCUCCCACGUACCCGACAGAAAAACCGUCAACAGCGCAUUAAACCCGGAGUUAAUUGAGCUUCAAAAUAUAAUCAAAGAAUUGAGCGGCUCUACUUCAACAGUUGAGAGAACUUACGCCGAGGACCUCAUGAGGAGUCUGCGUUCGUUGCAUGAUAAAUUUGUGAAUGCUACUGACAUUGCCACAAAUUCAGCUGUCAUGCCAUACGCCCCAGCCGUGGCCAAGGAGUCCUUUCAGUUCACACAAUACAUGCAGUCUUGUUUCCAUGGUCUGGACCAACUUUUACAAGACGACUAUCGGUCGGGAUGGCUGCUAAAAGGCGGAUUGUGGCCUUGCAUUACACCCGUCAAUCUAUUGAGAUGCCUGGCAUCUGAGCCACAGAAUGGAUAUGGUCCAGGGAUGAAAGAGCGGCUAAUUAGGUACGGGGAAGCAGUGACAUGGACCCAGCGACUCCUGCGACUGGAAGAUUCUGUUUUACGACAGGAUGACCAACGUGUACGAGAAGAGAUGAUGAAUACUGGCCAUGAAAAUUGGGACAUAUUCGAUCAUCCACUAUGGCUGCUUCUCGAGAUCGAGUCAAAUAUUCUGAUUCGUAAGGACCAGAUCGAUGUUGCUUUUGCUACAAUGAAUCCCUCAUCAGGUUCAAAUUCGGUUCUUCAAAUGAAUAUGGGUCAAGGGAAAACAUCCUGUAUUAUGCCUAUGGUUGUUGCAGAGUUAGCAGACAAGGAGAAGCUAGUCCGAGUCAUAGUGCCAAAAGCGUUACUCCUGCAGACCGCACAGUUGAUGCAAUCUCGAUUGGGUGGCUUGUUGGACCGUCAAGUGCGACACCUUCCAUUUUCCAGAAAGACCCCAACCAAUGAAGACACUAUUCAGACAUAUAGCAGAGUUCAUACGGAAAUGAUGAGAAGCUCAGGUGUGAUGAUUGCUUUGCCCGAACACAUCCUUUCUUUUAUGCUUAGCGGAUUGCAAAGGCUUUCGGAUGGCCGACACAAAGAAGCCUACACGAUGAUCAAAACCCAAAAUUCCCUUCGAAAGGUGUGUCGAGAUGUUUUAGAUGAGAGCGACGUCACACUCAGCACUCGUACUCAGCUCAUAUAUCCUUCUGGCACGCAGGCUAGUGUGGAUGGGUACCCAUAUCGUUGGGAGACAUCUGAAAUGAUUUUAAGACUUGUUGCCAGACAUUUAUGGUAUCUUCAGAAACAUCUAUCCAGAAGCAUAGAGGUAUACGAGCGGCCGCAGGGUGGGCUUCCUCUAGUGUUCUUUCUAAGAAGCGACGCAGAAGACGCGUUAAUCAAAUUGCUGGUUGACGACGUCAUCCGUGGAUACAUUCCUGCAUUGUCAAUGAGAGGCAGAACUGAUGCAGAUUGUUUGGCAAUCAAGAAAUUUAUCUCAGACCCGAGUAUUGACUCCUCCACCAGGAGCAGGAUCAACAGAGUUUUCGGAGAACAAGGAAGUGCAAAGCAGACUCUGUAUCUCUUGAGAGGUUUAUUCGUUCAUAGGAUACUUUUGCUUACGUUGAAAAAGCGUUACAAUGUUCAAUAUGGACUUCAUCCAGAUAGAGACCCAAUCGCUGUGCCUUACCAUGCCAAAGGAGUUCCUUCAGAGCAGGCCGAAUGGGGGCAUCCAGAUGUUGCAAUUUUAUUCACUUGUUUAUCGUUCUACUUCGGCGGUCUCGAAAUCCAGCACUUGCGACAAAGUUUAUCUCACGUUCUUAAAUCGGACGAUCCAGCCAGCGGUUAUGACAAGUGGACCGAGGGCUCAAUGACACUCCCAGAUUCUCUCCGUGAAUGGAAUAAUAUCAACAUCGAUGAUGAGGUUCAGCUGCAUGAAAUAUGGACCCACUUACGUUUAGACAUGAGUGUGAUUGACUAUUACCUGAAUCACUUCGUUUUUCCGAGACACGCAAAACAAUUCGAUGUUAAACUACAAGCUAAUGGAUGGGAUAUCCCGUUGUUUUCGACACGCUCCUCGCCGCGUAAUAUUACAACGGGGUUCAGUGGAACAAAUGAUAAUAAAACGAUGCUGCCACUCACUAUCCAGCAACGAGAUCUUGAUGCAUUGUCUCAUACGAAUGCCGAGGUCCUUACGUAUUUACUACAACCACGAAAUAGAGGGUUCGUUGUUGCCUCGGACGCUCUUGGAAAACGUAUAAAUGAAAGGAAUAUACUAAACCUAUUGUACGAUUUAAAGUUGAGAAUUUUCAUUGAUGCGGGUGCCCAGAUUCUCGAGAUGGAUAACCUCACGCUAGCGAAGACUUGGCUUACGAUCUACAAGGAAGCACCAGCUGCUGUUUACUUUGAUUCUGAGAAUCGGCCUUUCGUUUUGUAUAAGCAAGGGAACAGACUACCUUUGUCAGCGUCAUCGUAUGCAGACAACCUCAGCGAGUGUCUGAUUUACCUCGACGAAGCUCAUACUCGAGGUACCGAUUUGAAGCUCCCGGCUGAUGCGAGGGGUGCACUCACGCUGGGUCUAGGACAGACAAAAGACCACACUGUUCAGGGUAAGUUUCCAUUAGCUCAUGUUCCUGCUAUGAGAUUGAGGCAGCUAGCAACGACCCAAUCAGUUACCUUCAUCGCUCCUCCUGAAGUUUAUCACAGCAUUCUAGACUAUCGGGAAAAGACAGUCGGACAAAGGAUAGAUUCCCAUGACGUGGUAUCGUGGCUAUUAAAACAGACUGCCAGUGGAAUCGAGCAGAUGCAGCCCCUCUACUUUGCGCACGGAAUGGACUUUUGUCAGCGAAUUGAGGCAACUUCACGGUAUCCAAACUUCCUUAGAAGCGAGGGCCAGAGGGAUGAAUACUUGCGAGUCCUACGACAAGCUGAAAAGCAAACCCUUGAGCAGCUGUACGCUCCCAAGACUCAAAGGUCUGGAAGUCCACUUCUGGGAUCAGGAACAGUUAGCAAAGAAAUCGCUGAGUUCAUAAAAGAACUCAAAUCUCGCCGCAAGGCAUUCCGGGAUUCGGGCUCGGCGGUUCAUAGUUCUGCACUCCAAGAGGUUGAGCAGGAGAGAGAAGUCGCGUUUGAGGUAGAGGCAGUCCGUGAAGUUCAAAAGCCGGUUAAGUUCCAUCCAUUGAAAUUCCCUGGUCUACACUCAGAUAUCGUUCGCUUUGUCGAGACUGGUAGGCUGGCGUUGGAAUCAACAGGAGUUGAAAAAGCUUUCAUGGCUUUGAAACGCACUUCAAUUGGUAGAAAGUACGGUAUUACUAGUCAUGCCACCAACACGCAGUUAUAUGUGUCAAAUGAAUUUAUGAGAACCGUCCAGCUCCCCGAAAAUCAGCCUAAUGAUAAUCUGAUUCGUCCAGUAACAUGGAUUUUGUGGAGCAUUGUCACGCAGAAAGCCAUUGUUAUUAUUCCCGAAGAAGCGGAAAUAAUCAUUCCUCUUUUGCUUCGAAACAACCCCCCCUCUGGCAUAUAUCUGCUUACAUAUUCCGCCCCUCUCACACGUACCAUGGCCCAUUUCAGUGAUCUUUCCUAUUACUCUAUCCCAUCUUUACCCAGUGGCUGGCAACCGCCUGUUUGGCUGAAAGUCGAGCUGGGGAUUCUAGCAGGUAGAGUCUAUUUCGAGUUUGAUGAAUACCCGUCCAUUUGCGAUUUCCUUGGGAUAAGAGUGGAUCAGAAGGUCCAGGAAUCUACGCCUAUUGAGAUGUUGGAAUCAGUUAUCGAAGCUCCGCAAGAUCUAAUGGAAAACCACUCAAAUAAAGAUGUAGAGAUGAUAAUCCGUGACGAGGAAUCAACUCGAAAAAACCAAACUUUUACAGAGAAACCACUGUUAUUUCUCCAAGAAUGGAUUGCCGUUCGACGUCGUGGCCAGGAUUUCACGCACACGCCCAUGGGGUAUGUGUGCCAGGGAAAACCUCUUGAUGCCGACCAUCCCUUCUUCUCGAAACGUGAACGAAGUCGAAUCGAAAAACCGUCCGGUGCUCCCAGGGGUAACCAGUUUAUUGAGCCCGAGACCGUAGAAGAUGCCGAUGUAGAUGAUUUCGAGUUGGUGGACGAUUUCGAUUUCGAUGAGGAUAUGAUGGAUGAGGACUGAGCGUUGGAGGCUAUUCUGGGCGAUUUUCUGGGCAGGGGUGUUGGUUGCAUGUUGGCUAUUGUGUCGAUAUUUUCAGGUCUUGUAAGAUUACAACUUUGCUUUCGUCUGCACUAUUUCUGCAUGAAGUAGAAGGACUAGAUAUUCUAUCAAAGACAUUUGUAUGAUUUGAUUGUUCACCUCACCAUACGUGUAACCCCGAAUUGCCAGCCACCAGGACCAGUCAUCGCGGGGUGUACACUCUCGAUAAGAUUUCAGAAGGGCUUACAACCCUGAAAUUACAAGAUCGGUCCGAUGAUUAUCAAAAUCAAGAUGAAACUGCUGCAUUUAUUACCGAGAGAAAAUGUCGCUCAUAGAUGAU